UUUUUCAACUCUUUGUCCCAUAAAUUAAAGUUAAGCCAAGAAUAUAAGGAAAGUAGCCACCAUAAUAUAUAGUACUACUUCAAUAUUCCUCACUUGAAUAUCCAUUACAUUAUUCUCCUUCUUCUUAGUUUCCAAUAUCUCUUACAAAAACCAUUGCAACAAAUGGAAUAUGAAUGUAGCCCUCUUAGUUGGGAAUUCUAUAACCAUGAUGAGGGAUUAUUAGAGGACUUGAAACAUUCACUUUUGUACACAACUUUGGAGCUAGAAGCAACAAUUGUGUCAGCUAAAGAAGAGAUUACAAAAAAAGAAUGUGAAUUAAUUAAUGCUAAUGAUCUUUUAAGCAAAGUCAUUAAAGAAAGAGAUGAAGCUAGAGAAAAAUGUCAAAAACUAAUGCUUGAAAAACAAGAGUUACAAAUAGAGAACAAAUCAGGAAGUGAAAAUGAGCAUAACUCAGCACCAAAUUAUGCUUCUUCUGAUUGUGAAGAAAAUAGUUCAACAACACUUCCAACACAAUUUCAAGCAGUGUUAGAGUUAGCUGAAAAGAAACCAUUGCCAGAAAAAGGAAAGUUUUUGAAAGCUGUGGUUGAAGCUGGUCCAUUGUUGCAAACACUUCUUCUAGCUGGACCACUUCCACAGUGGCAACAUCCACCACCACAACUCAAAGCCAUCGAGAUUCCUCCGGUUUCGAUUUCAUCUCCAAAUUCUUCAUCUUUAAGCAAGAAAAGGGAUUUUUUACUCUCUUCAGUUGGUUCUGAUUGUUCUGUUUCAAAGUGUAGAAAAGUUGUUCAGCACUUACCAACAACACCUACUCAUUUCCUACCACAUCCAUCAUUUUCAUAAGAGCAGUGUCGGCGAUAUUUACUCUAACGCUCUUUUUUCUAUUACUCCUUUUAUUAGGUGAAAUUCGAUGGCGGGACCCACCUGAAUUUUGCAUCUGGAUUUUUCGUUGUUAUAUAGUUAAAUCAAUGGUUGAGAUCAUUUAAAAUUAAGUUACGUAAUCUAAAUUGUCUGAUCUCAUAGUAAUAGUCAAUAUCAUAACUUUAAGAGUAGUAUAUAGAGAGUUAAAGUGAGCGUUAUCAACAAACCAUGACAUACUUUUGUGUAUGGUUCACAAGAGAGAAUCAAUGGUUGACAUUUAAUGUUUCUCUAAUUAUAUUAUCAUGUUUUUAUGUAUAUAAUUUAGUCAAAUGAGGUUGAAUUCUUAGAAAAAAUUGUUAGGAAUUGAAAAAUCUCACUUUAAGUUGUGACACAAUUUUGUAAUGUGGUAGGAGGGUGGGGUAACCAAGCUUCAAAUGUUAUGGUUUUUAAUUUAAGGUUAUUGUUGUGCUCGUGUUAUUAUUUUCCAAAAGUUGUUUGUUGCUUUCACAUGAAGUACACUUUAUUUAAUGGUAGUGUCUGCC